AUGUUCCCGGAAGUUCCGAUUGCAUUGAGAACGUCAGGCCACCUUUUGUUAGGUGUUGUUCGGAUAUAUUCGAAGAAAGUUGAUUACCUCUUUCAAGAUUGCACUGUUGUUCUUGUUGGGCUUAGCAAGGCUUUCACUACUAUAGAAGUUAAUUUGCCAGAGAAUGCCACAACAGCAACAUUUGAUUCAAUCACUUUGCCACCAACCCUCAACCUUGAUGGCUUCGACAUGAGUGAUUAUUUAGAUCCUGAGGGUUUUGUUCUUAGAUCUCCAGAUAAUCAUCUCAAGAGUUAUGAGGAAAUCACGAUGACAGAUCAAAUCUCUCCUUAUAUUACCAUACGUAUUGACGAGGAUGAUGAUAUCAUUCCACCAGUUUCAGAACAGGAUCCUAGUUCAGAGGCUACACCAAUGGAAAACUAUCCAUCACCUCCAGUCAAAGGUGAUUUGCCUCCUCAAGAUACAGGUCAAAGGACUCAGACAGUUGUAAAUAACGAGGGUGGACCUGGUGCAAGUAAUCAGACAGAUGUGCUUAUGGACGCUAUGGAUUUUCAAGAUCCUGGUCCAGGUAAUCAACCAGACGACCCGAUCGACACUGGGGAUUUUCAAGAUCCUGUUCCAAGUAAUCAGACAGAAGUCCUGAUGGACGCUGGGGAUUUUCGAGAUCCUGGUCCAAGUAAUCAGACAGAAGUACCUACUGAGACUCUGAACCAAAGGCUUAAUAGAGAAAAUUCCCCUCCAGAAAUUGAAGUUAUGCGUGAUGCUGCCAAUGAUUUAGGCUCAGAAAACUUUCCUCCAUUGAGUCCAGAUAGACGGGAUGAUGCAACUGAACGUAAUAAAUCCUUAGAUGAAGUUCAAACCGAGAAGGAUUUUCUUUCUCCAAUUAUGGAAGGUGCUUUACCUUCUUUAGGAGAGCCUUUACCAUUUCAGCAACAUUCAAAAGCACCUACUUCUGCUGCUUCACAAGAUAUUCCGGAUAUCUUUGAUACACAUGGAUCAUUUGGUGAGUGCCUACUUCUUAUAUGCUUGGGGGUAAGGGUCAUUGGGGCUUGUGUGCUUACUUUGAAAGAGCUUCUUAUUUUUAUUUCAGGGAAUAUAUCUCCGCAAUUUGCCAUUCGUUCAACUCCACCUGUUCAGCAAUCACAACCAGGGCCUCCACCUGUUCAGCAGCCGCGGCCAAGGCGAAAAAGGAAGAUGCUCUUUGAUGAGGCCACAGUGUUGACUAAUAGGUUUAUGAAGGGGGCUCUUGAGGAUUCCAGUGAUCUGAUGCGAAACAGGAGGGUGAGGUCAUCCUCUACAGUGGCUAUAUGGAGGUCGAACAAUAGAUUGGAAAAGGAACAAAUCUUUAAUGAGCCUUUGAUAACUGGGUCAUGUGCAGAUUUAUGCAAUCUUUUCAAGAAGGAGUAUAUUACAACAAAACCUCAUUUGAUUCUUGAACAGGGAGCUAUUCCAGAACAUAGAGUUGCAACAUCCCCUGGCCCUGAAACUGAAGCCAUUACUGAGCCUAGGAUGGCAAGCUCUACAGAUCCCACAACUGAACACAUCUCGGAGCCUAUGGUUGCACAAUUUCCUGUUCCAGGACAUGAAUCUAGUUUGGAAAAUGAAUAUCCCCAACAGGAUCUAGGCUUUGAUGGCAAAAAUGUUUUACCUGAAAUGGAUAUGGGAAUCGAACGUCUUCGAGAUUGCAGAGGCCAUGAUGGCAAUGACUUUUUCUCAGAAAUCCUACCUUCUCCAGCCAGACCCAUGCCUUCUCUUAGAAGAGAUGAUUUCUCUGACAUGCCAACAAGCAGUUUAGGAUCCAAAACAGUACCUUGGGAAGGAACAUCUACGGCAACUGGAGUGCUGCGCACACCGGAUUUUUCAGCAUCCCCUGGAACUUAUCAGUAUGACGAACAAAACAGUGGGCUUUCAGAUGUUCCUGAAUCGAUGAAUUCUGCAGAAGAUGAUGUAAGUCAUUCAUUUUCUUGUGCAUUAGCUAAAAUAUUUGAAGCUGUUGACUUGAAAGACCUUGGUAAAAUACUAGAAGCAGACAAUACACCAGUUGGAUCCCUAGGUACUCAAGACAUUGAUUCAUUGCCUGUUAGGACAAGGGGUGUGGCUAAAUAUUUAAAAGAACAUUCCCCCAUUAUCCCAUUGUCAGAGGAGUCAUCUGGAGAUAUCAGUCUCAACAAGAUCUUACAAGGAAAAACAAGAAAGUUAUGUGCUCGGAUGUUCUUUGAAACAAUGUAUUCACAAGUCAUGUCUGUCUCUGCAAAUGAUAGUUUUAAGGUACCUAAGACAAGAGUAUUGUUUGGAAAAUCACAGCUAGAGCCUAGAGUUGUCUAUGGCUCCUUGGCAUAUGGUUCUUGUUUUGGAAAACUUUCCUUAGUUCCAAUAUGGUGGCUUGGUCCUGAAAUUUGUGUUUUGAAGAGCUAUGGCCUUAUUGAUGUACAACAGGCGGAACCUUAUGGUGACAUUGUUUUGAAGCUGACUUCGAUGCUAUCAAAGGGUAAAAAGAACAUGCAUGGUGAUGGAGAUCAUGGAAAGCUCACACUGAGAUGGGUUAUUAUUUUCAUGCCUCAGCGAAGCAGUGAUGAAAACCGGCAACUGAAGAGAGGAAGUGAACGGCUUCUUGAAAAAUUGGUGGGAGUCAGUUCAAGUCUCUAA